AUCCGGAAGAUGAUAAACCUGUAACGAUAAGUGAAAAUGCAGAACUAUGUAUGCUUCAUUCAGUUCCUAAUUGCUUAUCUUGUCGAGAUACGUUUGGACAACCACAAACAGAGGACACCGAUGAAGGAUGGUUAUCACAUCGUCUUGUAUUUGAAAAAGAUUAUAGAGGUAAGGAUUUAAUGCAGAGGAGGGAUGAUCCGGAUGAUUAUAUAGUUAUCGAUCCUUUAGAGAGGAAAAAACAGGCUAUUGAACAAAACAAGGAAAAACGAGCACAAAAAA